GAGUGAAACGAAAAAUCCCUCUCUUGCGUGAUGAAUCUUCGGGAGAGCUUAAAAAUCGACCGCACGUUGUCGGAAAAGUGCCGAGAUUGACGGAUUCUUCUCUGCUUUGCCACCAAUUCUCGUCUUCAAAUAUUCUGAAAAAGUACCCACAACGCCAAGACGCUCCACCGAUCCCCGCCAGUCAAACGGAAGUGCUCAAAUUGGUGCCUCGUCCCUAUCAAGUGUAUCAAAUUAAAGAGCAAGUGCAGAAUGAUGAACACAAUGUGGAUGUUGAAACAACGGAUGAAUGUGAAGUGGAUGGAGUCGUCUAUGAUCACAUCGAAUCUCUCCCGCACAGCUCCGAUUUAUUUCAAGAGAUCGACUUUCUUGAAGAGGAACCGGAUUUUGAAGGAACUCAAUGGGAUGAGCCAGACGAUUUGGUGCUGAGAAAGUGUAAAUCUUGUGGAGUAGUUGCGCCACAAUUAGAGAUGUUGGAGCAUGUGCGAGCUUUUCAUCGCCAGUGUACGCAAGCUCGAGGUUUCCCGCCGAGACCUGGUGGCAAUCUCUGGUGUCCGUAUCCGCAUUGUAAAGUCCUUCUUUACAAUUAUGAGUACCUAAUCGCUCACUUGGUCGGUUUCCACGCUCAAGAGCAGUAUAAACGAGAGGAGAUCGUCUUCAACAACGAUAAUGAAUUAGAGCUUUGGAGACAAAGACAUGAGGCAAAAGAGGGAAAACUUUUCGAAGGAAACGAAGAAAUCCGCGAGUAUGCCGAGGAUGGAUCUCAUAUCGUGAAGAUUAAUAAGAUUUUCUGCUGUGAGAAGAAUUCGGAAACAAUGAAAAAGGCAACACAUGAUCACAUCCCCCGUUUACCCCAUGUCUCGUGCCCAUUUCUCGUUUCGAUUGAACGCUUGGAAUCUGGAUUGAUCAUUUUAUCGGGAACUUUCGCCCACCUUGGUCACAAAAAAUCGGUGCCAAUGAUGCUGACACCGAAAGGGAUUCUCAAGCCCGAGAAAGUCCGACUCACUUUUAGAGAGUUCCGUUGUCAUCCUUGCCGUCGUGUAUUCCCCGAUGCAUCGACUCUUCAAUAUCAUCAACGAUUGAGACAUGGUGUGAUCUCGAUGCUGGGAGGACCGUGCCGUCGCCCAAAUAUCACUUGUGCCGAGUGUCCUGAAUCUUUCGAUAGCAUGCCUAACUACAUCGCUCACGUCAAAGUGGCACACUUAGAGCCGGAUGAGAAAAUGAACAUCGAGACGCAUGUCUUUCAGAAUAAUCAAGAGUUUGAGGAAUGGAAGCUAAAAGUCGAAACGAUGACAUGCGCUCAAUUCGUUUGCACGUCGGGCAAAGUGAGGCCGAAGAAUAAUCUGGGGACCGGCACAUCGCAUCAAUAUCUCCAAUGCUAUCGCUCUGGUCAUCAAUCGAAAUUCUAUCGAUCCGACGAGCCAGCUAGGAGAAGAAAAAGCAAAAAGAUCAACGCUUUCUGCACAGCUUUCAUCAAUAUUGCGGAAACGUAUAAAGGUCAAAUCUCGGUGAAAUGCUGCUUGUACCAUUUCGGUCAUGACAACGAGCCCGAAAAUUUGCCCGUCAGCAAGGGGAUUAAGGGUCGAAUCGAGGAGCUACUUCGGAAUUGUAUGGAUUUCGAUCGAAUCCGAGAUGUGAUCGUUGCCGAAUCGCAGCCGAACGAGCGCGGUUUUUACCUGAAAAAGUACGAAGUAGUGAAUGUGGCAAAGAAAUUGGUGAAAACGGAGCCAUUUCUGAUUCUAAACAACAAACUCGUCCCUGACAGCGAAAACAUUAUCGGGAAAGUGAUUGAGGACACGAAUAAUCGAAAUCGCUGCUUUCCGAGAGGAUUUGAUAGCAAUACGAGGCUUUUAUUGAGGCAUAACAGAAAUGGAGCUGACAGGAGAGAAGAGUUCGUGUUCACUCAGGACGGCCUUGCUCAAGAGUUACACGAUUAUUCCGCGCCUUCAACGUCAACUUUUGACCCAACCACCAAACACUCACUAGAGCCAUCACUCGAAAAGUCCGAGCAUCCGGUUUUGAUGAAACCAAGGCAUAAUAGAAACUCCCAUCACUUGUCCCACUCGGCUCAUCUCAACCGCGUCAAGCAGAUCCGAGCCGCUCUACCGGUAAUCCUUGAAACCGGGGUCGUUUACGAUCCAAGAGCCCCAUCAAUGGAGAUCAAACCCUCAAUGCAACCAUCGAAGAAAGUCCCAUUGUUGAUGCUUCCCGAGCCAUCAGCCGAUGAUUCCCACGAGGCGCAAACGGUGAAAUUGGCUUUGCAAGAAAUCAUCGAUGCUCAAAAAUACGAACGAGAUGCCGGGAAAAGCGAGGAACUCUACAAGCAGAGAACGCUGUUGGAGAGAAAAAUUGUCGAGCUGUUGCCACAAACAAAGAACGGGAAUCGCUUGGUCUUGGAGGUGCCCGGAAUGCCGCCAACACAACAAUAUCCGAAAGUCGUUCAAAUGGAGGAGAAUGAGCCACACUAUGCACAUUUUGAUGCACCCGAUUAUGAGACUUUUGUCUAUCAUCAACAGGACAUUGACGUCAAUUUCAUGGAAGCCAUCCACGACUUGGGGGAAAUU